GAGAGAGAGAGAGAGAGAUCAGAAUCUCUAAAUGGCUGAAACGAAUUGCCCAGAAUCCAGGAAACUCUGAUUGAAUUUUUCUUUUUCUCUCUGGGUGGUGAUUUUCUCGGGAAAUUUUUUGCUUUGCUUUUUUUUUUUUUUGGGUUCUUUAAUUGGUAAAUCUCUAUCUGUUUCAUGUGCUAGCUAAGGUUGUCUCACUUUCCUCUUAUGAGUCAUGAGUUUCUUGUCUUCAUCUUCUCUAAUAAAGUUAUCACUCUCAUAAAUUUGUACGUUUCAAAUCUGUUCUGUCGACUUUUCCCUUCUUUCUCUUGUUUUCUCUCUUCCACUGAACCGUUUUAAAAAUCAUACAUCUGUCUCUUUGAAAAGUUUCAGUUUUUUCAUCAAAAAAUUUGGCACCUUUCAUUGAGUUUCUGAUUUGGGUCUUUGUGGAGAGAGAUCAAGAACUUGUGGGUUUUGUGUUUUUUUCCAUUAAUGGACGAAGCUUCUCCUGCUGUAGCUGUUCCAUUCAGACCAUUCCCUGAGCCACACGCCGGAAUUAGAAGCUACUGCAGCGGCGAAUCUAGGGUUUCUUUACCGGAAAAUUCUUGUUCCGGUUCCGGGUCUUUGAUUUCCGACGAGGGAGCUAUGAAAGAUUCAUCCUUUGAGAUCAGUACGAGACAAGAUUCAUCAACGUCAUCAUCUGCUGUGGCUAGUGUACCAGACGUCACCGUGGAUAUCUCCGCCGGGGAUGAGAUGAACGGUUCAGAUGAGUUUGAUCCGAGAUCGCCGAAUCAGAGUGAGAAGAAAGUACUUAGUAGAACAGAGAGUAGAAGUCUCUUCGAGUUCAAGAGUGUGCCUUUAUACGGAGUGACUUCGAUUUGUGGAAGACGACCAGAGAUGGAAGAUUCUGUCUCGACGAUUCCUAGGUUCCUUCAAGUUGCGUCUAGUUCGUUGCUCGAUGGUCGGGUUACUAACGGAUUCAAUCCUCACUCGAGUGCCCAUUUCUUCGGUGUUUACGAUGGCCAUGGCGGUUCUCAGGUAGCGAAUUAUUGCCGUGAGAGGAUGCAUCUGGCUUUGACGGAGGAGAUAGUGAAGGAGAAGCCGGAGUUUUGUGACGGUGACACGUGGCAAGAGAAGUGGAAGAAGGCUUUGUUCAACUCUUUUAUGAAAGUUGACUCGGAGAUCGAACCCGUGGCACACGCGCCUGAGACGGUGGGAUCCACGUCGGUGGUAGCAGUUGUCUUUCCGACUCAUAUCUUUGUCGCGAAUUGCGGCGAUUCAAGGGCGGUUCUGUGCCGUGGCAAAACGCCACUCGCCUUGUCCACUGAUCACAAACCGGAUAGAGAUGAUGAAGCGGCUAGGAUAGAAGCAGCCGGAGGCAAAGUAAUCCGUUGGAACGGGGCUCGUGUUUUUGGUGUGCUCGCAAUGUCAAGAUCUAUAGGUGAUAGAUACCUGAAACCAUCAGUGAUCCCUGAUCCGGAAGUGACUUCAGUCCGGAGAGUCAAAGAAGAUGAUUGUCUCAUCUUAGCAAGUGACGGUCUUUGGGAUGUAAUGACAAACGAAGAAGUGUGCGAUUUGGCUAGGAAAAGGAUUUUGCUAUGGCACAAGAAGAACGCCAUGGCCGGAGAUGCUUUGCUUCCGGCCGAGAAAAGAGGAGAAGGAAAGGAUCCGGCGGCAAUGUCCGCAGCUGAGUAUUUGUCGAAGAUGGCUUUGCAAAAAGGAAGCAAAGACAAUAUAAGUGUAGUAGUGGUUGAUUUGAAGGGAAUAAGGAAGUUCAAGAGCAAAUCCUUGAAUUAAGAAAGAAGGUUUGGAAGAAGAAGAAAAAAAAGUUUUGAUGGUGGGUAAAUAAUCUCUUUUAAAGAAAAAAAAAAUUAAGAAUGGAAUAGGUAAUAAUAAUUAAUAUUAUUAAUUGUUUGUAAUAUUAAUUUUCCUGCUUAAUUUUCAUUGUUUACUUUGUUAUCUUCCCACCAUUAUUUAAUAUUUUCUUUUGUCUAACUUGAUAUAAUGUAAAUGAGAUAAUGUAGCUUCCCAAAAAAAAACUCAUUGUGAAUUUUUUAUCAUGGGGUUAAUUGUAAUAACUAAACACCA